GUUCUCAGCUUGGUCUUUCCCAUUGUUUUGUCGGGCUACUAAACCGCACAGAUCGUUUUUGGUAGUGCUUUUGUAGCCGCAUCAAACAUGCUGUUUCAGCAAUCUGCCCGGAGUUUUCUACUUCCUGUUGUGGUGAUGUUGAUGAUCAGCAUUACCUCUGCUCAAGAGAUAAACCAUGGUCCCGAGAACAUUACUGUUUUCCUGAAUCAACCAGCAAACUUUACAUGUGAAGUUACUAGCGGUGUCAACAGCAUGGAAAGUGAAUACGACUUCGGAGAAUGACCUCCCACCUAAGAUACGUGCCAAUAUCAAGAAGACACUACCAGUGGCUACUGACAGGGGAAGUGUGGUAACCUUAACCAUCAAUGCCUUAGCUGAUUACAAUGGGACUACAUUUCAAUGCGUGACAUUUGGUGACUUUGAAGACGAGAGUGAAAUUGCCACAAUAACUAUUCAAGGUCCAGUAUCAGCAGUUGGCGAUUUGAAAGUGACAGAAAGCUCCACAUCUAUUAUAAUCUCGUGGGGUGCUCCAUUUUCUCUGGAUGUGACUGAUGUUGAUCCUGAUAUCUGGUACUCUGUCCUCAUCUACAAUGUGACAGAUGAGAACAGCCCAACAGCCAUCCUCUGUACUGACUGUAUCAAUAUCACUGAGACACACUACACCUUCACUCCUGACCACCCCAGCCCGUGUCAUGCAUAUCAUUUCACAGUCAUUCCAUUCAAUGGAGCAGGCAUGGGAGAAAGCAGUCACAGAAUCAGUGGAUACACACUAGAAAAUCACAACCCAUCUGUAAACUUCAUUGGACCAUAUAUUGAACUAUUUUCAUAUGAUCAAUAUUUGAUCUCUUUUAAGAUCCAGGGUGACGCUGAUAGUGUGUGCAGGUAUCAGUUUCAGAGUAUCACUGGGCAAAACAUCGAACCAUACUCGGAAAAUGACACAACCAUCACUUUCAACUUGGGAGCUAAUGAGAAAUAUUCCAUUAGUGUUAAAAUUCAAAAUGCAGCUAAAGACACAGAAAUAAAACUAAAUUUUAGUACAUUUGACAUUCAAAAUGCUUCUGCUGUGAUUUCCACUGAUAGAAAGAUUGAAAUCUCAGCACAGUUCAUCAGUGGUACAAGAGCCAGAGGAACUUUUAUCGUAUUUCGCUGCAUAAAUAAAACCUGUCGGGAGUUUAGAGCAGUGCAGCGACCUGGACCUAGCACAACAGUUACAGACUCUAUCAGUAAUCCACCACCUGCAGCGUACAACGUGUCUUUCCAUGACUUAGAGGAAAGUGGACUCCCUAAUAUCAGCCCAGCAUAUGAACAGAGUGAGAGUGUCAUUGUUGCUGCAAAGGGAGAGGAAGGUGAAAGAUCCUCCAUCCUUGAGGAUGCCAGUGCAACUUACUUUAAUGAGUCAGCUGAGAACAUUUAUUGCAAGUUCAAACAGGGAGUUGGAAACGCUUCAUGUGUUAUUGUCUAUCAACAAAUGUUGGUGAAGACAUGCUAAUAGUAUUGGAGUACAGCCCCAGAGCACUGAGUUCCCAGUGGUUAUCGACACUGUUGAUGACCCAAUACGCUAUACCUUUGCCAUUUUUGGAAAGAACAGUACUCACUUUGAUGAAAGACCAUUUAUGAAAGAAACAAUUACCUCAGGACCAGGAAACACAUCACUCGAAGUGGCUCUUGGUGUAACUGCUAUAAUUGUUGUGAUCACAAUUAUUGCUCUGCUGGUCUACUCUAUAAUUAUAGAUGAUGAGCAAUAAUGAUGUAAUUCUGUUGUACUUGCCAGCAAAAUUUUAAUGGUGAAGAACGCCCUCCAUGCCCUCCCGGGUCUGAAUCUUGUGAUGGUGUUGAGAAGGAUGGCCCAAUAAAAAAGAGCAAUGGAAUGGAACUGGUGGCUCCUCCUGGACAAAGAAUGCAACCAAGACAACAUUCCACAGCAGCUGUGAGAAUAUUAGCAACUGACGAGAAGAGCAGAGGAGCAAGGCUCAUUGAGCCAGAGAUCAAAUCAUUUUUGGCUGAGUCAGGGUCUCAAACUCAGCCAGAAGAUUUUGGUGUGAGCGGUGACAGUGUGGCCGGACAGGAGGAUUUCUACAUGAAGGGCACUGAAGCUGAACGUCUUCAGCCACGAGAGCUUCGCAGACGUCCACUGCACUAGCUCGUGAGCAAGGUAGCAAAGGCAGAAUAGAUGUGGACAGCUCUGGGUGAAAAAUCUCACGACAGUUCACAAAACUCUUAACCUGUAUCAUAGUUUGUAUCAUAGCCUUUCUGCACAGUUUGUAUCAUAAAAACUACAUUGCGGACCAAAACAUCCCGCAGUUGUGUUUCGUGCGUCUGCGCGUGCGCACAAAUUUCCCUGCGCAUGUGCAUUGUGCAUGGUAUAUAAGAACCACACCCAUCGAUUGAGAACACGCAGAUAUACUUUUUGCUCUCUACCUCUGUGAGUGGUAAGUGGGGAUGUCGUGUGUGGAGGAAGAAGAUAGCUCUAUGGACGAGGACGAGGACAUGCCGGGGCUCGAGAGUGUCUCCAGCUCUGAGUAUGUCAGUGAUGAGGACAGUGUGGGGUUCUCAUCAGAUGGAGAGGAAUACUCAUCUCCUGCUAGACCUGUCAGUCCCAGCUCUCUGUACUAUGCCACGGCCAGAAAGUGGCUCGGUCAGACGAAGGCGGAGGUCAUGCACCAACUGCAGGUCACCACCAUUCAUCUCCUGAGUCCUUUCCUCUAUGGCUGUUCUCACCAGACUGACAAGUGGCUGGGCUGGUGUUCCAAAGUCGGUCUCCUGCAGAGCGAUGUCUACUAUCACACUGGGUCACUGAAGGACGUGGAGCUAUGUGCUGUGUAUGUAUUGGAGAGGGCAAUGGAAUGGUGCAAGGAAUCAGCUACUAAAGAAGGUCAGCCUCCUGGGAACCUGGCAGAGCUCCUGCGACUGGCAGAGGAGAUCAAAGACGUCAACCGACUGGCCCGGGCUCUCAUCCUCGCUCGAAAGAGGAAGAUAUUUCUUACCAUGCUGGAGCGAGUGAAGGAGUCAGAUCCAAGGACUAGCUGUGAGAUGGAGGAGAACCAGGAGUUUCUGGAGACUGCUUGUCUUUACGUUGUAGCACAGAGUGAGACAUUCCCCUCCUCCCUCUCCUGUAUAUCCUUCCUCUCUCACCCUCCCCAUCCACUGCUUAUGUAGUCUACUACUUAUGUAGUCUUAGUAGUUAUGUAGUCCACUACUUACAGUAGUCUGCAAUCUCCCCUACCCUCUAGUGGCCCUCAAGUCUACCAUGUAUAAACCACUGUGUCACCGUAGCCCAUGGUCUAGUCAUGCAUAAAAAUGCACAAUUUCAUACGUUAAACAUUGGCAGUAGUUCAGUACGUAUGGGUAUAUAUACAAACGUUAUGAAACGUGUAUAGCGUGGGUCAUGGAUAGGGCAAAAGGAGGUUAUGGAGGAGCUUUUGUGGAAUUGGAAAAUACUAAUAAAAUGUUUUCUAACAGCUGUUCUUUUGUCAGUACAUGCAGUUUCAUUAACUUUUCUGUUGUUGUUGUUGUUGUGUUGUACCCUUGGCACAGUCGCGGAACAUGUAGACAACGUUAUUAAUGAAAGCAUAAACAUCGUUAAAGAGCACGACGAAUACUGCCAUACCGAGGAAAUGGUGAGUCAGGAUACUCUCAGUAAUCUCUUGCACACCUCAGUAAUCUACGCACCUCGUGUAUACGCAGAAAUUUGACAAUAUGAUAAUAAAGGGAGACGAACUGAGAGAGCAAGGUCGCCACAAGGACUGCAUCGUACAAUAUACUACUAUCAUAAACCUAUGUCCAUAUAAUUUCAAGGUGUACAUGAACAGAGCCCACUGCUAUAUCAGUACUAAAGAACACAGAGCAGCCAUGUCGGACGGACUCCGUUCGGUGUACCUGAAGCCAACGUGGUCCAGAGGUCACCUGAAGUACAUCCAGGGACUCGAUGGCUGCGGAAUGGCAGUGCAGGCCACUCAGGCACGGAAGAAAUAUGCUCAGCUCUUUCCUGGCCAUGACGAUGACGUUUUGGAUAAAACAGAGAGAAAAAGAGGUAAGUUAUGCACACAUGCUCCGUCACUACAUUUGUACAAGUCGUGCCAUUUCCCCCUCCCCCCAGCCGACUGAUGAAGACCGCUACAUGUACUCUGAGAUGAUGAAGAAGUGUCAACAAGCAUCAGAGGCAUUUAUAGGGGGGAAUCUGACGGGGACCACCUUCUGGUACGAGGAGGUGUGGGCUAAGAUCAAGAAGAAGCACGGAUGGAGGAGAUGUAUGGAGCCGGUGGAGUGUGACAGGUUCGUUGUUGCCCUCCAUUAUGUCUACGGUUCAGCUCUCAUGGGAAGACAGGAGGCUGUGAGCAUGGAGACGUCAAUACCCCAUUUUGAGACCAUAAUGACGGAGUUCACUGCCGUCAGGUUCCCGGGGGCCUACUACGCUGCUGGGAAAGCCUACGCCUUCCUGAGACAGCACUCUGACGCGGUGGCCAUGGCCAAGCUGGGGCUGGAGAUGGUGGCGGUGUCUUCUUCGUGCCCCCCGCUCCACUACCCUGGGACUGAGACUCUCAUAGAAGACAGCAAGAGAGAUGUCAUCGAGGCGAAGCUGAAGAGUCUGCUGCAACAGUGCAAGCUAUCCACCAUACCAGAUGCCGUCUGUCGCUAUGCCAACUGUCUCUCCCACAACUCGUCCAGCCGCAUCUGGUCACAUCAUGACGACUAUCGCGGUCACGUGAGUCUGGAGUGCCACGAGGACUGCUCCAUUGCCUACCAUCUGACGUGCUGGAGGAAGUACAAGACAGAGUGUGAGCAGAAGACGGACAAGGAGUUUCUGUUGACUCCCUGCGCGACCCCCGACUGCUGUGGCUACGUCAGCAUGGUCGUCAUCUAUGAUACCAAGGGAGCCGUCAAGGCUAAGUUUGAUGCCAGUCCAGAGUCCAUUGCUGCACUGACAAAGAAACCAACUGAGAAGCCAUCUAAACCACCCAUCACUCCCUCCUCCUCUUCCUCCUCUCUAGCUGGCAAGAAGAACAAACGUCGCAGAAACACUGACAAGGAAAACGAUAAACCAUCUCCAAUGACGGAAGAGGGGAAGCCACUUGUAGGGAGAGAGGAGAGGAAGAAGUCCGACAGUGAGCCUGGGGGGAAGGUGAAGACGGAGAAAGUGGAGAGUGUGAAGGGUGACAAGGUGAAGGGGGAGAAGGCGGAGAGUGUGAGGAGUAGUGACAAGGUGAAGGGGGAUAAGGGGGACAAUGUGAAGGGUGACAAGGUGAAGGGGGAGAAUGGGAGAAGUGACAAGGUGAAGGGGGAGAAUGGGAGGAGCGACAAGGUGAAGGGGGAGAAUGGGAGAAGUGACAAAGUGAAGACGGAGAAGGGGGAGGAGGAGGGGAGGGAGGACGUGAGGAGAGCUGAAGACAGUCUCGAAGUCAUCGACAGACAAAGGGAGACGGAGACUCAGGAGGCGGGCAAACAGCAGAAGGUGAAGAAGAAGAAGGUGAAGAAGGUGACGACGGCGGCGGCCAUGUCGGGGGGUGUGGUCGUGGGCGGGGGAGGGGGAGAGAAACACUGGAACGAUCUAUUCACUCUGCCAGAGAGGGAAGGCAUGGUCGGAGAGGCAGCUGCUGUGGACUCCACCUGGCGACCAGAUCCCCAGGCCCCGUUCCAGACACCAUCCCACCUCCGAGACGCGGUGGAGGAAUUCGAACGGUCCCAGGUCCCCGGGCUGGGGCUGUGUCCCAGUUCCGUUCCACCUCCGGGCGACUCCGUUCCGUACGAGAACCAGCAGAGCUCCGAGGACUUGGAGUUCAUCUACUCGUUCUUUGCCGAGAUAUUCAAGACCCACGGCCCACUCAAACCCUCGGACCCCACCCUGAGCGAGAGUCUCUCCCUCCUCCCCGAGGAGAAGAAGAUGUUCAUCGCAAAGGCCGGCGGGAUCCAGGUCUUCCUCCUCCGCUCGCCCCUCUUCUGCUACCACGAGGAACUCAUAUGCCUCUCAGAGGACUCCCCUGUUGUUGCAGACUCAAUCACACUCCAGGCUUCCUCCUCCUCCACCUCCUCCAUCUCAGAGCCCCAACCUCUUCUCCCCACUGCUGACGAGGGGGCGGGGCAGGGGGCGGGGCCAGAGUCGGAGCGGAGCAGCUCGUCCAACAGCACGACGAGUGGGACUUCCCCACGAGACACGCCCGCAGACUCCCCGCAAGUGCCAAAGAAGUCUACCACCGAUAAACCGAACCAUACCACAAGAGACAAAAAAUCGACCAAAACGACCACAACAACCACUGCAAGCAACAAAAACACAUCCUCUGGAAAUGGAACUGGAAAUGAAACUGGAAACGAGACUGGAAAUGAAACUGCUAAUUCUGGACCACACUCACCUAUUGAUAGUGCAAUAGGCUCAACCCCACAGAGUAACAUAGCCGUAGUUAGUAGUAGAGUAGAUAAAACUGAGCCGACCAAUGGAGCUAUCAAUGAACCGGUGUCUUGUACUAACGAAGUCGUUUACCAGGGGCCCAGCCUCGCCCACCGAGCCAUACAGACUGACAGAGUGCUGAUGAGUGAACAUUGGGUGAUGACAGAUCCCAUACCACUCUCUGAGAACUUCAAGGAGCGCUAUGAGAUGGUGCUGAGGGAGAAGAUAGACCUGAGGGCAAAGCUGGAGGAGAGCGAGGACAGGAGGUUCAAGAUGCAGAGGGACCACAAGAGAGAGCUGGAGAAGAUGGGAAAGGCCCUACGUACAGAGGCCAGGGAGGAGGCGCAGACGAAGGUGAGGGAGAUGGAGGUGAGGCUCCUGGAGGAGAAGAACAGGGGGUUGCAGGAGAAGAAGGAGCAGGCCGACCAGGCCAAGGCCCUCAAGGCCGAGAUCAAGUCUCUCAACGAUAAGGUUGACAGGAUGAAGAAGGACAUUGCAAAGAGAGACCAGAAAUUGGAAAGCUUACAUCUAAAACAUCAGACCGAGUUAGAGAGGUUGUCCGUGGAGCACCGUAAGCUAGAGGACCGACUGCGGCUGAGCCAGGACCACGUCCACCUGGCCACACAGAGAGCCAUAACUGCCGAGGUGGACAUACUCCAGUUGAGGGUGGAGAACGUCAAGAGACCAGGAGAGGCCAGGCUCAUGGAGAUAGACCGCAUCUGUACGCACAUUCCUCCAGCCAGUGAGCUCCACAGAGAGUGGCUGGCCUACCAGGAGAAGCUCAGGACUGCCCUCGAGUGUUUUCAGAUGGCAACCGAGGAGCAGAUACAGGCAGUGAAGGCCGGGAGAGAGCUGUCCACCAUUGAGAAGAUCCCUAACCCCAGUGUCCCGCUCCCCGCACACCUUGCCUUCCGAGGAGUUCCAAUGAUUCGGCCUCCGUUUCCUGGACCGAUGAGAAUGCCAAUGAGGGGGCCGCCUCCCCUCUCGAUGGGGAUCCGACCAAUGAUGGAUGGGCAGCCCCCUCCCAUGGGGUUCCCCGGAGGACACCCCGGGGUAAUUCCACCCCACCCCAUGUCUCUACAGCAACAACCCCGCAUGGAGCAGGUACCCGGAGCAAUGGCUGCAGCUCUACCGCAAGGCCUCGGAGGACCAGACCCCACCCUCGCCACACCCGCCACCGCCCACCUCCCACACCAGUCUCCGCUCUCCCUCCCUCCCCAACCUCCCCCCACCCACCAUCCUCCACCCACCUCCUCUGGGGGAGAGAGUGAGCAGCCACCGCGGGGCUCCAAGUCUUCCUUUGACAGAAUCGUGGAGAAACUGGUCCCCUUCUACCCCAAUUACUCAAGGUGAGUAUGUCUAUUACUCCAGGUCAGUAUAUUUACCCCAAUUACUUCAGGUUACCCCACACUACCCCAAUUACAUAGUGCAAAUGCAAUAAUUAUA